CCCUUCGUUCCUCAUCUCUUGAUUGUUUUCCAGCAGGAAACAGCCCCCUUUGUUCCACGUAAAAUAAUCAGCCAUGCAGAGGCCAUGCUUCGCUACAGAUCUUCUCUCUUCCCGUUGCCCUGCAUUCUGCUGUCUCUCACAUUGUGGGCCCACAUUGCUUGUUGCUGUUCUGUUGUCAAGUUCCAUCAGCUUCCCAUGCGUCCAAUCAAAGUUAUUUCAUUCAUUGGCCCGUUUCCACCGAAAUAUGCAUCCAUUUGCGAUCCCCGGCAGUGUGCGUCCAGUGUUCGACUCCAAAGAUUACCAACGGACUUUCUUGGGCUCGGCGAGAAUCUCGCAGCAGAUACUGAUCGUAAAAUAUCUACGCCCGGUCAUCCCAUUAUGCUUACUCCGCUAUCCCGAAAGUCUUAGAGUCUUUGUGUACGGUACACCGCAUCAUGUCCGAUGCUGUUUGCAAAAUUUAGGCGUGGUAUCAUCGUGUACAUCUCCAUCUUAUCAUUCUCACAAUCAACAAGUCCCAUUCAGCAUUUAUUCAAGAAUAUAAUGACACAGCCCUUACUUGGUGUUUCAGGCUUCUUGACAGCUGUACUCCUACCGCUCUGUGCAUCAUCGAGCAUUGUGCCGUAUCGUGGUCUCCAAAAUUGGGUUUUUAGGUGCAUCUGACAUCUACACAGUGGUCUAGUACCCGGCAUCCCAACGCGGUAAUUUCUGCCUCCGGU